CCCUCUUCCAUUUAAGUGAUUUAAAAAAAUAUGUAGGCUUUAACAAUUAUAUAAAUAAAUGAAAUUUUUAACUUAAAAGUAAUUUUAAACAGUUAAAGUGGAGGAGGAGCGAGCUUCUUAUGCAUUCAUAGAGUCUCUUGCUCUAACCAAUGCUUAAGAGGUCCUUACAAGGUCAAUAUUGAAAAUAUUGACCAAGGGAUACACAGGUGGAUCUAUUUCUGGUUGAAGCCUCCUCCUUCUCCAAAUGGUAAAAUUUAACCAUGUCUUAUAAAAAAAAUUAUCUCUAAAAGUAUUAUUGUUCCUGUAAUUACAUUUAAUAAUACUUCAAAAAUCACCUAAACACAUUUUCACAGGUAGUUAGUUUCUUUAUUUUUCUUCCAAGGUAAUUAUUGUUAUAUAUAUGAAAAAAAAAUUCUUCAGGCUGAAGUCCCCCAAAAUUAAAUCCUGGAUAAGUAAGUGGAGGGAUAUAUUGUGACAAUUAUAUUGACAUUUGUAAUAUGUAUGCCAUGUUCAAGAAUAUUUCUUCAAUAGUAUUGAUUCAAUAAUAAUGAUCAUUAAAGUUGGGCUUUAAAGGACUCAGUUAAUGGUUGCCAAAUAGUAGUCAAAUAGAUAUUAACUAUUUGAAUUUAUAUGAAACUUUUUUUUGCGAGGGGGAGACAAAAAUUUUACCACUAUAAGCCACUAGUUGUUUUGUUUCGCUGCUGGCCAUAGAAAUAAAAACUAAUCAUUUUGUAAAUUAGUUACUUUGAAAUAAGCUGGUUGAUUUGUUUCAGUUCUGUUUAUUUAGUUCUGAAAACAAAGAACGAUAGUUUCGCUUCAACCUGCUGAAUAGACCGAGACCGAGGAGGUUAAAAAUGUUUACCUAUAUUAUGAGCGCCAUUUAGGUUAUAGUUGUCGAUUUUCAAAAAAUUGAUUAAUUGACAUGGUCUGUUCAUUUUACUGUCAUUGUAAGUGGUUCUUGGAGAAGGUUGGAAUUCUACCAGAAAGUAAACUUAUUGGAGACUAGAAUAGAAUGGUAAAUUACUUUUGCGAUAAAACAAUAUAAUUUGAUAAAAUAUGCAUCCUACAGAAGAACAUUUAAUCACUCUCAAGAAGUAUUUUGGCCAUAAGGAAUUCAGGCCAAUGCAAUGGGAAAUCAUAAGAUCUAUAAUUGAGGAUAAAAAAGAUAACUGCGUAGUGAUGGCAACAGGGUAUGGAAAAAGUCUUUGUUAUCAGUAUCCCCCAGUUUAUUGUGGAGGACUUGGAAUAGUAAUAUCUCCUCUUAUAUCCCUAAUGCAGGAUCAAGUUUUGUCCUUGAAGAUGAGGAAUAUUCCCGCAUGUUACCUUGGUAGCGCACAGUCAGAUAAAAGUUUAAUAUUAGAUAAUUUACUUGCUGGAAAAUUCAAGCUUGUGUACAUGACUCCAGAGUGGUGUACAAAUGAAUUUGGACUAAGUAUAAUUGAGAAAUUGAUGAAUAUUACCGUUGUUGCUAUAGAUGAAGCGCAUUGUGUUAGUCAGUGGGGAUUUGAUUUUAGGACAUCAUAUCGAAAUCUUGGAAAGUUGCGGAAGGUUCUUCCAGAAGUACCUUUUCUGACACUGACAGCGACAGCUACACCACAAGUUAGACAAGACAUUUGUUCUUCUCUGCAUUUAAGAAACCCUCAGCUUAUAUGCACCAGCUUUGACCGCCCAAAUUUGUUCUUAUCUGUCUCAACAAAGGGUCUAGAUUUAUUAACUGAUUUACGUAAUUUUAUUAACCAACAGAAUCUUAAGAACAGUGGAAGAGGUUCUACAAUCAUUUAUUGCCCUACUAAGAAGACUGCUGACAAGAUUUAUUCAUCACUUAAAACUGUCGGGUUGAAUUGUAACAUGUAUCAUGCUGGUCUUUCCAAUGUAGUACGCCAAAAAGUUCAUGAUGAAUUCGUCCAGGACACUGUUCCAAUUAUCAUAGCAACUGUUGCUUUUGGAAUGGGAAUCGAUAAACCAGAUGUAAGGACUGUUAUACAUUAUGGUGCACCAAAGGAUAUUGAAUCAUACUAUCAGGAAAUCGGUAGAGCAGGUAGAGAUGGCCUGCCUUCUGUUUGUCACACCUUCUAUACGCAAUCAGAUUUCACUUUGUGCAAGAGUUUCCUGACUUCAUUACAGGGUAACUUUAAAUCUCACAAAGAAGAUAUGCAACGUAAAAUGGAGUGCUAUCUUCAGUCCUCUGAAUGCCGCAGGAAGUUUAUUCUAAAACAUUUUAGUCCCGGCACAAAAUUUGAUGAAGUCGAUCCUCAAUCAUGUUGUGACAAUUGUAUUAAAAGUAAGAGACCAUCUAAUGUUGUUGAAUGUGAUCUAACUGAAGAUGCUCUUCUAAUGCUAAAAGCUGUUGAUGUUAUGUAUGGAAAAUACGGCCUUGCAAUGUAUAUCUUCUUUCUCAGAGGAUCAUCUAAUAAAAGGCUUCCGCAAAAGUUUCAUAAUCAUGAACUGUAUGGUGCUGGAAGAAAAAAAACUGAACUGUGGUGGAAAUUAUUGGGUUGUCUCCUUUUGAGGGAAUAUUUACUCGAAGAAAAUAUUUCUAAUUUUGGGCAAGGAUGGAACAAAAACAAUUUCCCUGUGAAAAUUGUAAAUCUAACUGAAAAAGGAAAGCUUUAUAUGAGAAUGGAAGGUAAAACAGCGCAUCUUGAGCCAACUCCCGAAAUGUUGCCAAUGAUAAAGCUUUUACCAAGAAAAAAUGAGGACGGCUGGGUUGACAUGACCAGGUACAGAGAAGAUAGCGUCAGUUCAAGUGGUCAAGGCUCGGAAGAUUCUUCAUCUUUAAUUAGAAAUGCAUCAUUAGAGAACAAAAUAUUCAAUGAGCUUCUUGAAUUUCGUGUUAAAACGGCAAAACUUCUUAAUUGCAUCCCUUACAUGGUACUUGAUAAUAGAAGUAUUUAUGAUCUCUCCGUAAAAAGACCAGCAACAUUGGAUGAAUUAUCUGCUGUUGAAGGAAUCAAUGAAGCCAAAAUUACUAACUUUGGAAAGGAAUGUAUAGAAUGUAUAAAGAACGUGAUUGAGGAGCACCGUACCGGAAACACCUCUAAACCUGUGUCAGCCAAGAGAUUCCUCAAGAAUUUUGUUCAUAAGCCUGCAACAAGAACUUUUAAGUAUGAAACAGAAGAAGAAACUAUCGAACAUACUGAUGAAAAUAACUCUCAAGAAACUGGGUCAAGCCAAGACCUCUUAGAAAAUGAUUUUAAUGAUGAUGCUCUUGAUGAAAGUUUUAUAACAGCUUUGGAUGAAAUAGAAAUGAAUUCAUCUUUUUCCCAAAGCCAAGACACUGAAAAAACAAGUGACAAGAUCACAACAGACGUAGAAAAAAAAGAGAUUGAUGAAAUAGUGUUAAACAAAGAUGUAAAAACUCAGUCUUCCACAAGUGAGGGAUCUAGUAUUAAUCUGAAUAAUUUUAUGAAAUGCCCUUCAGAAAUUUCUUCAUCCAAGAGAAAAAGAGAUAAUGGGACAAUCGCUAGCAAGUAUCCGAGCUUACAAGAUAUGAUACAAGUUAAUGAAGAAAAGAAAAAAGCAUCUAAAAAGAAGAUCAAGUUGUAAACUGAGGAAGAUAACUUUUAAUUUCACUAUUAUUAAAGAUCUCGUCACAUGUAUAAUAUGUAUUAUAGUUUUUUAAAUAUUUAUUGCUGCAUAUUCGCUAAUAUAUUAGUUUAUUUUUUUUUAAAUUAUGUUGUUAUUCAAUAAAUUUGUUUCAGUGAU